CCUCCCCCUGCCCUCCAAUGUCUUCCAAGCACGUAUACGGUAUUUCCUGCAUCAAUGUCGGUGUUGGUCCAGGUGGGACCACCUCCAUGUUGGCACGGAUCGCUAUCGUCGACUACCAAGGCCAGGUCGUUCUCGACACGUAUGUCGCCCCGACAAUGCGAAUAACGGAGUACCGUACUACGACCACCGGCAUUGAGGCCGCCCAUCUGUCUUCAAAGAACGCCAUGCCGUUCAAUAGCGUCCAGCAGCUCGUCGCCAGCAUAAUCAAAGGCCAUGUGCUCGUCGGACAUAGUAUCUGGAACGAUCUCUCAGUAUUGGGCAUACCCCAUCCCGCAGUGGAUACCCGCGACGUAGCUCUCUACCAGCCAUUUAGAAACACGCUGCGGUCUCCAAACCACAUAAUUGGUCUUCAAACCCUUUCGUGGCAAUUGAUGCGUCGCCGCUGCCAGGAAGGUCAUCUUAAUCCUCUUGAAAACGCCAGGGCUGCUCUUGAUCUUUACCGCACUCACGCACAAGGUUGGGAGGAUGCAGUCUCCAAGGGCAACUGGCCAUGCGCCCUUCCGCCCAGCACUUUUUCACGUUGUUAUCUUUAGAUAUCGCGCCCGCCCUCUUGAUUAAUUUGCAGCAGCCCUCUAAUACCGCCGCCUUAUUGUACUUGUCUUUUAAAACUGUCCUAUCUUACCCUUCUCCUAAUAUAUACCUGUACAAUGUUAAUGUUCUCUGAUCGAUCUCCGUCUUCUC